GUUGUGUCACAUGUGCCAAAGAAUGCAACGCUACAUAGAGCGUUUGGUCAAGCUCAAUAUUCACUUGAUGAGGAAUUGGCCAUUUCAUGGUCUUGAACUCAACUUCCUGAAUGUUAUGGUCAGUUUAUUCUAACUUACCAUUUGAAUAAUACUGAGCAUGACCUUGGCCUAUUGCCACAACUUGUUGCAGACAACUGAGGCAGGGAUGAAGGGUAAAAGUAUACCCUCCACACCUCCGAGUGCCCCUGUUUUGGCUAUUGGAACGGGAAAGGGGAAAAAGAGGAAAGGUCCUCCCAAGCAAAACUGGGAAGAGCAAGGCUCAAGCUGGGUCACCUAGUAAUGGCCCAAAGGCUAAGCCCAAUGGUUACUCCCCAUGUUUCUGAUCCAAAAGAGGCAGUUUGCUUUUACUGCAACCAAAAGGGGCAUUGGAAGAGAUCUUGCCCACAAAUCUGCAAGAUAUCAAGGAUGGCAAAGUGAAGCCAUCUUCGGCAGAUGUGUGUGGGCCUUCAGAUCAACUACAAGAGCUGCUAACCGAUUCUAUGUGACUUUCACUGACGAUUAUAGCAGAUAUGGAUAUAUCUACUUGAUCAGCAUAAGUCAGAAACUUUUGAAAAGUUCAAAGAGUUUAAGCAUGAAGUCGAAAUCAAUUGGGCAGAAAGAUAAAGAUCUUAGAUCCGAUAGAGGCGGGAGAGUAUCUAGUAUCGAGUUUAACGACUAUCUGAAAGAAUGUGGGAUAGUCUCACAAUUGACUCCUCCUAGGACACCACAGUUAAAUGGUGUAGCUGAGAGCGCAAUCGAACCUUGUUAG